AUGUCAGAAAAGAGAGAGAAAGAGCCAGAGCCGAGACGUGGGUUAUCGCUGUAUGGCGGGAAUGACACCGUUAAACCUUACAUGUACAUGUACGUAUCGCUGCAGCAGCUGGGAAUUCUUUUUUUAAAAAAUGACCCCGACGGAAUGGGAAGAUCUAUUGCUCCCUUGUCCCCAGAGAAUAUUCCCGACGGAAUUAACACCUUCCAGGAACCAGGGGCAACCUUACGUACAGUUAUACCUGACGGCAGUUAUAGAUGGGUGCACAGCUAG